AAUACAUAGUUGAAGAGAUACCGAAUGAGCAUGCGCGAAACCUUAGCAGUUGUCAAAACAGUGGUUAUGGAGAUGACUUGAGACAAGCAAGUUGUCCUUGUGUUUGGCUCACAGGAGCAGGAUGCCACGUAAGAUAAGCUUCACUGUGAUCAGCUGGUCUGGUCAUGAGGAGAAUUACAGUGCCAGAGAGCUGAUGGUUCAUGCUCCCACCGUCAACGGCUGGAGGUCUGCAAGGUUCUGUUCAUUCCCACAGGAGAUCACACUACAGAUGGUGGAAAGAUGUCACAUCAGGAAGCUGCAGCUGCUGGCUCAUCAGUACCUGAUCUCUGCCAAGGUGGAAUUUCACAUUGGGGACAGAGAACCGAAUUCUCCCCAGCGCCUUCAACAGUUCCGCAGACUUGGGUAUGUGCCACUGUCCACUAAUGAGAAGACGGGUUUUAGAGCACGAGAACUGAAAUCAGUACAUGUAGAUGCUGUGGGGACAUAUCUGAAGCUGACCUUUCACAGAAACCAUGUCAAUUCUUACAACAUCUAUAACCAGGUUGCGCUGGUGGCUAUAAAUAUAUUAGGUGACCCAGUGGACUGCAGUGAUGAAAGCCCAAUUCCAAGCAGAGAUCAGCUGAUUGAUCAGUACAUAAGCAGCACACAACAGAGCUCAGCACUGGAUGGCUCUUAUGCAGGGUACAAGCAUGACUCUAUCUCACCAUUAGAUGACUUGGCAUUUGACAUGUAUCAAGAUCCUGAAGUUGCCCAUAUAAUUCGUCUGCUUGAUGAUAAGAAACAAGAAAUGGUCCGAUUAGAAAGAUUCCAUCUGGCUAAAAAACUCAAACAGGCCAUAGCAGAUCUACAGAAGGUAGGAGAGUGUUUGGGGAGAUAUGAUGUGGAGAAACACAGUGCCAUAGAGAGGGAGGACUAUGACAUAGCCAAGCAGAAGAAAGAGCAGAUGGAGGCCUACAGACUCAGAGUCUAUCAGCAACUGGAGCUACAUGACCUGCUCGAUAUAGGCCAGAUCCAGAGAAGGACUGAAAAUCUGUCCGACUGUAGCAUUCCCUCUCCAAACGUUCGUCCACUACAACAUUCCAUGCCUCUCUCUGGAACACCAAAGAAGAAGAACCAGGAACAGUCUUUGGUGGAGGACAAGCAGAUUACACCAAAACCAAUGAGCACUGACCACACAAGUUCAACACCACCAUACACACCAACUCACUUUCCAAAGAUUGAUUUCAGCUCCUUGCCAUAUGAUGAGAGGCCCCUACCAGCCUUGAAGAAGAGAUCAGAGAAUCAGUCGCAACCUCAGGCAGAACACAUUCAUGUUCCACUAGACAUAAGUAGCCCAUGCAGUCCUGAAGUCAAAAAAGAACCAGAGUCAUUAUUAGAGAAAGCCAAAAGAGAAGCUGUUCUUCCCAUAGAGGUCUAUGGAGAGAGUCUGGUGGCUGGAGCAUACUCAAAGACCUGGUCUUAUAGGGAAGAUUCUUUGCUGGCAGUGUAUAAAAAACUAUCUGAAGUUUCACCAGCAACCUCUAAAGCUGAAUUAACGAAUAUGAUGAGAGCAGCAGUGUUCCUUUGCAAGAAAGCACUUACUGAUAAAGUGUCAUCCGUAUUUCAGGCCGCAAUAAAACUGCUGAGGAUGAUUCUAAAGGAGUUUGUGUCCUCUCACCAGCUGGGAAGAUCUGAGAUAAGUUACUGUGUAGAGCACACCUGGCCUAGUCUUCUCUCUCGGACCGGCGAGUCCACGGAGAGGCUCCGCACACAAGCCGUUGCUUUUAUUCAGGAGAUGGCUUUGUAUAAGGAGGUUCGUGCUCUGCAGCUCGUCCCCACUGAGCUGGUAAAGCCCAUAAAGAGCAACAUGCCAGCACGUCUGGCUUUCAGCAGGCUUGAACUACUGGAAAAGCUUUUAGAACAGCUUGGCACCAGCAACUCUGGUUUCACCCUUGACAACGUCAUGCUGUUUCUUGCAGGAGCCCUGAAGCAUUGUGCAGCAUCCGUGCGUGAGCUGGCUGUACGUAUCGUGCAGAUGAUGUACCAACUCCACGGCCAUUCUAUAAUGACCUACCUGCCCCCGGACGAUCCUAGCACUCGCAAAAACGUCCUUUACAAACACCUCUUUGACUCUUUCUCCAAGAUAGACAGAAAACUUCCACAAGCGCAGGUGCAAAAAGGAAGAAUACAGAAAGAGGGAGAGAAAGAGGAGCAGGAAAUCAAAAGCCUGCAGGAGCAACUGGCUGUCCUGAAGGAGAUCAGUGAAAAGGGAAAGGAAAAAACCAAAUUGCCAGAGAGAAAAACUGAGAAGCCACAUAACCCAGGUGUUAAAAAGGGAACACAUUCUAUCCCUACUGAGAAAAAAGGGGGCCAGCCCAUACCAAACUACCUAGACAAUCUUUGUAUAUUUUGUGGAGAAAAAGAUAAGUCUUUUACAGAAGAGGGUUUGGACCUGCAUUACUGGAAACACUGCCCAAUGCUGUGUAGAUGCCUUCAGUGCAGACAGGUAGUAGAGAUUUCGAGCCUAACAGAGCACCUGCUCUUUGAGUGUGAACACAAAGCAGAUUUUACCCAGUGUCCUCACUGUUCUGAGGCCUUCAUCAAAAACAAACUGAGUGAACACACUCAAAGCACAGCCUGUAAUCAUACAGUGGCCAAUGGAAGCUGUAACCACUGUCCUUUGUGCCAUGAGAAUUUCCCUCCAGGAGAGGAGGGGUGGAAGUUUCACCUCAUGGACAGCAUUGCUGGAUGUAAACAGAACGCUCGCAGGACAUUGGCUCUACAGCGAGCAAAGAUACACACACAAGGGAAGACAAUCAGCGCAGUUGCAUUGAAGCCAGCAGCAGUAGAAUCUGUUGGGAAAGGCAGAGGAGGGGGCAGUCGCAGCACUCGCAUCUCUGCACCUGCCCCACGACCCAGUAAGACUAGUAAAGUAAAACCCUAAACCAGAGGACCAUCCGAUGCUUAAUGCUUUACUCAGACAUGAUCACAGGAGAACAGCACAUACUUUUCCUCGUUAUCAUAUUCACAAGCACUGGCAUAGGAAAAGAUGUAUCUUGAAUGAGAGAAAAUAUUUAGUAUGGAUUUUUUUUUUUUUUCUUUUUUUUACUGGAUCAGCUACAGUUUGUUGUUGUCAUUGUUUUGUUUUGUUUUUCUUAGUUUUUUUCUUUUUCCGAUUUUAGUGUGCAAGUGUAAAGAUUUGUAAAUGUUGAUGUAUAAAUGAAGCACUUUUAUAUUUUUGAGAGGUUUAAACACUGUUAAACAUAAAGCAGAACAGUAUGAUGGAAACACCCAAAUGUGGGUGAAACUGUGCUUAAAUACCAUGCGAUCCGCUCAUAUCAUUAUCGUUUCAGUGUUACCCACACACAGAAUGUAGACAAGCAGGAUUGUACCUUUUGAAUCUUUUUUUUUAAUGAAAAUGACAAUUUCAUUUAAAGGAGAGUACUGACAUAUUCCCCAUAUAUAUAUAUAUAUAUAUAUAUAUAUAUAUAUAUAUAUAUAUAUAUAUAUAUAUAUAUAUAUAUAUAUAUAUAUAUACUUUAAUUGAACCCAGACAUGAAAAGAUAUUAAUGAGAUAUCAGUUUCAGCAAAAACAAGACCUUUUCUUCAUAUCAGAACAAAAUCAUAUAUAUAUAUAUAUAUAUAUAUAUAUGAUAACAGCAUUCUCUUUUAUAACUGGACUUUUCAAAGAUUUUUUCAACAUUAUCCACACAGGACCCUGCAGUGAGGUUGAAACUGUCACUGGCAUAUCACAAUAAUCACACAAUAUAAUAUGUAAACAGUAUUUCAGUGUUGAAGACACCCACUUCUGUAUUAAUUAGAGUUUUAUGACUUCAUCUUUCAUUCACAAAAAAAAUAUUUUUAUCCCCUCUCAGUUUGAAUGAUGAGAGAUGUUCUUGGAAAGCAGAUAGUUGGUAAUGUGGUGACUAAUAUACAUUUUUAUGCAAACACAGAACAUUAAUGAUACCUAUAGCUAUUUUGUGGAAUUGUUUUUGUAUUUAUGUAUAAAUACUCCAAAGCCAGUGUUUAUAUUUGUUAUCUUUCCAAAAGAGUCCUAAAAUUAUUUAUUAAAUCAUGUUAAACAGAAUGGAUUUGUCAGUUACAUAGCAUCAAACAUUUAACAACAAAGCUGUACAGUACAUGUAUAAAUAUACAAGCACAGGUACAAUAUUUACCAAAAUCCAGAUGUAAAACUGCAAAAGUUGAGAUUUUCUGGGUUGAAUUGUCCCUAAUGGAAUAAAAAAAAAAACUUUGAAAUAAACUUCCUGUGUUCAUAUUUUGCAAUCAAGGUGGUCAUUUUCAGAGCUGAGCAAAUACCAGAAAAAUAUAUUGUAGUACAGCAGAAUACAUUGUAAACACAUAACAUCUCAGAAAUGCACCAUGAGUUUGUAAUGCUCUUAUUCUAACGUGAAACCGAUUGUGAAACUGAUUGAGAGCAUAAAGAAGAAAUUGGUCCAUGUAAACUUCAUAAGAACCUGUUGGUAACAUUGAAAGUGGAAACGGGUGUUAUUGGAAUCUCUUUUGUGUUUUGCAUCUAAACAGUUGUGUUUUUGGAUAAAUAAAAUGACUGACGCACA